AGACGGAGAACAAUGAGAGAGCUAAAUGGUAGGACCAGUAGAGGUACAUCAUCUAAAUCAGUGCCCUCCCCACCUGUGAAGUCCUGCAGGACGGACGAGCCGGUGACAGAAACACAGGGUUCAAUAUGAGCAGGAAAGCAUGCGGACUUGUUUGAGCGCGCAACCGACAUCAGAGCUGCACUCCUGCGGAGCGCCGAUGUGAAUGAAUGGGCUCCUCUUCUUGUUUAUGCAUGUUUGUUCCUGCUGCUGAAGUGGAAGUGGGUCACGCAGACCACUGGAGGAGCGGAAGAUAAACACGCAGCCCCCUCUGGCUGCUGCUUGGCAGGUUGAAACGGUGGACGGAAAGGGUUCCGCGUCCUGCAGCUCAAAGCCCCACAUGUGGCUUUGAUUUCUUCAAAGAAAGUCUCAAAGAAGUAGGGAAAACAGGGAUAGGAACUUUUGUUUUCUUUAUUUCUAUUCCGAAUACAUUUUUUUGUUGCUAUUUGAAAGCCAAGAUCCAUCUGUCGUUUCCGAUCGGAGGGAGGCUGAUCCGAGCAGAGCGCAGCAGCUCUGCUCACCGAGCGGAUGCAGGACCAUGGAGAGAGACAGGUCGCCAGCAGUGUGCCACAGAAUGUCAAGGCGAGCCUGUCCCUAUCUCCAUCCGGGCCGGGGCGGGCAGGCAGCGGUGGGGGGUCCCCGACGUCUAAAACCAGCUGCUGUGGCGGGGUCCCGGUGGAGGACAUGCAGGCACUGGCCAUCACCUCGCUAUCUGCAGCUGAUGUAGCCAAACAGUAUGAGCACAUCAGAGAGCUGGGGAAGGGCACGUACGGCAAGGUGGACCUGGUGGCACACAGGACGCACGGCACCAAAAUCGCGCUGAAGUUUGUCACCAAGAGCAAGACGAAGCUGAAAAGCUUUCUGCGGGAGUACAGUUUAACCGGCUCUCUCAGCUGCAGCCCUUUCAUCAUCAAAGUCCUGGACGUGCUGUUCGAGACGGAGGACAGCUAUGUUUUUGGACAGGAAUAUGCCCCCUCCGGGGACCUUUUUGACAUCAUUCCGCCGCAGGUGGGUCUGCCAGAGGAGAUGGUGAAACGCUGCAUGCAGCAGCUCGGUUUGGCUCUGGACUUCAUGCACAGUAAAAACCUGGUUCAUCGGGAUGUCAAACCCGAGAAUGUGCUUCUUUUUGACCGCGAGUGUCGGCGCAUCAAGCUGGCUGAUUUCGGCAUGACUCGACGUGUGGGUUGCCGUGUGAAACGGGUAAGCGGAACCAUCCCCUACACGGCACCAGAGGUUUGUCGCGCUAACCGUGCCGAAGGUUUCCUGGUUACCACCAGUAUGGAUGUGUGGGCGUUUGGAGUGCUGGUCUUCUGCAUGCUCACGGGCAAUUUCCCCUGGGAGGCGGCAAUGCAGGCCGACGCCUUCUACGAGGAGUUCCGGCGCUGGCAGAAGGCAGGCUGUCCUGUGGGAACGUACCCUUCUCAGUGGCGCCGCUUCACCGACGACGCCCUACGCAUGUUUCAGAGGCUACUGGCUGCUGAACCAGAAAAACGCUGCGGGGUCAAGGACGUCUUUUGCUUUAUCAAGUAUGAGCUUGUCAGCGAACUGAGGCGCCGAGCAUCAUACAGAGCGAAAAGAGGAGAGAGGUCAAGCUCUGGAGUCUGUACAGGCAGCUGCACAUCGUCCUCCUCAUCCACACGCUCCUCCCUUAGACAUCAGGAGCCAUCCACCCCUCCAGGAACCUCCUGUCUCCGCCCAGCACCACUUAAACGUAGCGUCCUCUCCGACCCACUCUCUCCUAGAGAUGAGUCGGGACAGCACCAGACUGUGGGCCGAGACAAGAACAAAAGCCAGAUGGUCAUGGCGACAGCCAUAGAAAUCUGCGUUUGAACAUUCUGAUGUGAGAGCUGAGAAGCAGAUGGCUACUCAUAGUUGUAUAAAGCUGAGAAAAGGCGUUAAUGACUUCCACAGAGACACGGUGAAACAAAAGAGGUACUCAAACCUUAAAAGAGAAGCUCAGGGUCCAGUACCAUUCUGUUAAAUGGACACCAUCAAUCAGCGGUACACAUUUGGACAGCCUGUCAAUGAAAGUCAAUUCCACUUAGGGGUUGAUUUGUGACCAAAGACUGCUUCCCGAGCAGAGAAGCCUUGCAGACGGCGUUUAGCAGGCCACUGAUGCUCCUCAAUGCUCCACAUCACCCAUUACCCCCCAAAACAAUCUGUGCUGGUGCUAAUUACUCUAAAGUUAGAUUCCCUUCAUGUUGCAGAACUUCAAUGUUUACUUAGCUAAAGUUACAUAGUGUGGUAAUCACCACACUUAAUAAACCAUUUCACAUUUUUCACGUUGUAGCCACAAACUUCAAUGUAUUUUAAUGGGAUUUUAUGUGAUCGAUCAAAAAAAGUAAACUGAAAGCAAUCUACUGCUUUUAAAGAUUGCUUUUCUUUCAAUUCUUUUUUUUGAGAAGAGCAAAUCUCCAAACUAUGAUGCCACCACCUCUAUGUGAACUUGAGCAAUCCUUUUCAUAAAAUCUAAAAAAGAAAAAAAAAAGGAUUACAUUGAAAUAUGUUGCUGUGACAUGAUUAACUGUGGAAGAAAAUUCACAGGUUGGGAAUAUUUUUGCAGAGCAAAAGGAGAUUUAGCUUAAAUAAUUGGAUAGAUGAGUGAGAAAGAAGCCACUAAUUAGAUCCUGCAUUUGGCUGCAUUUUCCCAUUGACUUCCAGUAAAGGAAAUCAGAUUAUUUAAGAGAAAUAUACAAAAGAAAAGAUGAAUUAAAAAAAAAACCCUUAAUGUAGCAGUUUGGAUGAGACGUGUCUUUAUGACGGUAUUUAAACUCGAGAGACGGAUUCUCUGUAAUAAGAAUCAACUCAGGACACUUCAGUGGAAAAACUUCCUGUUUAAUCACUGACUGAAACACAUGUGGAGGCUGGAAGUCGCAUCUGGCACUUUUGAAUGACUCUCAGUGGGACUCGAGUUUUUUUAGUGAGAUGCUAG